AUGGCUAAAUCAGAUGCCAACGAGAAGCAAGGGAUGUACCAGGACGUUAAUGAAUUCGAGGAGUUCAUUGUGGAAGGUGAGACAGUAUCUCAAUGGAUUCUCCCUGAGAUCAUAACAAAGACCAUUACCUACGCCACUUUUUUCUGCGCUCUUUUAGAUUGGGACUCAGAUGAGGAGGACGCGAGUGAUAAAAAUGUGUGGGAUGGGGAAUGGGAUUAUGAGGAUUACGAGAACGAUGAAUUUACGCAAUGCCUGAGAAAUGGACGUUAUGAUAGUGGUGAAUACGAACUUGGCGGGGUGAAGAUUUUUUAG